AUGGCUCAAACAAUCUCGCCUUUUAUACGGUCGCCGUUCACGGAUAUCACCGGUGGCCUGGUGUCCCAUCAACUUCUAGAUCGCUGCGCGAAACAAGAGAUGGCUUUCAUGGACUGCCUCGAGGCUUACGGCCUGGACCGCGGUCUGAAGAAGUGCCAGGCCCUAUUCGAGGAUUUCCAUGAGUGCCAAACUUACUGCAAGCAGUUGAAGCGUUUCACAGCCAUGCGUCGGGAACGCGACCGUCAGAUCGCCUGCGGCAAGCUGUGCAAUGAUAACAAGUAUGUGUCACCGAGAAUCGACAGUUACUAG